AGCUCAGCUUAUCAGGAGAGCUGGCGGAGAGAGCGUGCGAGUAAAAAAAUGAAUUCCGGAAAAUCUCUUCCACUGCUGCUGCGGCUGCUACCGCUGCUGCUCCACUUCUUCUCGUGCAGCAGUGAAGAUGGAAGGAACAGCAUCGUCUUCACUACUCUGGGCCGAGCUCACUACGCCUUCGACAUCUACUCCGUCCAUAUCCCAACCGUCUCCCUCCUCUCCCAAUCAACACCGUCCAACGAGCUGCUACUAACGGACGGAGAGUCCGUCAACUACAACGGCUACUUCCCUGACGACCCGUCCUCGCUCCUUUCCCUCCUCUCCUCACCUCACCCAAUCGUUAACCAAGCAGUCGUGUACGUCACCGAGCGGAACGGCUCCUCCAACAUCUACCUGGACGCCCACCUUCAUCAGAGCCGUCCAUCUGAAUCGGAGGAGGAGGGAAGAAGAGCCGCCCUUGAGGAGGUCCCUUAUCGUGUCCAGAUUCCUCUGCUGCAAUCUCAAUCGAACGAUGUCCGUUUUUACAUGAAAGAUAGACCGUCGAUCUCCGGCGAUCAUCUGAUCUAUGUCUCGACGCAUGAAAAGUCGGAAUUGCCUAGGAAGAGCUGGGCCGCGGUGUAUUCGUCCGAUCUCCGGACAGGCGGGACCCAGCGGUUGACCCCUUAUGGGAUCGCCGAUUUCAGCCCGGCGGUCUCCCCGUCGGGCGAAUGGACGGCUGUGGCUUCUGCAGGGGAGAGAGGAUGGGAAGGGGAAGUUGAGGAUCUCAAGACCGAUGUCUACGUGUUUCGGACCCGCGACGGAUCAGAGAGGGUGAAGAUCGUCGAUCACGGUGGCUGGCCUACUUGGGCCGACGAUCGGACGCUUUUCUUCCAUCGCGAGAGCGACGACGGAUGGUGGAGCAUCUACAAAGCAGUGCUCCCUCGACGAAGCUCACGCCGAGUCGACUCGGUAGUCGUCAAACGAGUCACACCGCCCGGCUUCCAUGCAUUCACUCCCACUGCUGCUCGGAAUGGAAAAUUCAUCUCGAUCGCCACCAGAAGGCCCACCUCUGAAUUCCGUCACAUCGAACUGUUCGAUCUUGCAAACAAGGUGUUCGUCGAAAUCACCAGACCAAUCUCUCCCAAUACUCACCAUUUCAACCCAUUCAUCUCCCCAGAUUCCACCCGAAUUGGCUACCACAGGUGCAGAGGCCGCAGCAACAGAAGCCCUCUGCUCCUUGAGAAUCUCCAGAACCCAUUGCCUGGCGUCUCUCUAUUCAGAAUCGAUGGCUCCUUCCCUUCUUUCUCUCCUAACGGAGACCGGAUCGCCUACGUUUCAUUCCCGGGUCUCUCCGUGGUGAACAGCGACGGCUCAGAUAAGAGGGAGGUCUUCAGCGGCGCUGCAUUCGCCACUGCCUGGGACUGGAAACGAAAGGGCGUGAUCUACACCAGCCACGGCCCCGAAUUCGCCUCAGAAAGCACCGAGGUCGAUAUCAUCUCCAUCAAUCUUGAAGAGAAGGCAGAAAACGGGCUAUCCUUCUCAUCCUACUCAUACAAGAAACUAACCACAGGAGGCGAAAACAAUGCCUUCCCCUCUCCAUCACCAGAUGGGAAGUGGGUCGUGUUCCGAUCGGGCCGAUCAGGCCACAAGAACCUCUACAUCAUGGACGCGAUCGAAGGCGAGAAGGCGUCGAUCCGACGGUUGACGGAUGGACCAUGGACGGACACUAUGUGCAACUGGUCGCCGGACGGUGAAUGGAUCGCAUUCUCGUCCGAUCGUCAUGAUCCGGGCGGGGGCAGCUUCGCUCUCUACUUCAUCCGGCCCGAUGGAUCGGGCCUCAAGAGGGUGGUCCAUAGUGCGGACGGUGGUAGGACGAACCAUCCAUGGUUCAGCCCUGACUCCAAGAGCCUUAUAUUCACCAGUGAUUAUGCUGGGGUUUCAGCUGAGCCAAUUGCGAAUCCGCAUCAUUAUCAGCCGUACGGGGAUAUAUUCAUCGCGAAAUCGGACGGUUCUGGAAUACAGCGGCUCACCCACAACUCGUAUGAGGAUGGGACACCAGCUUGGGGCCCCACCUUCAUGAGGCCCGUUGAUGUGGUGGAGGGCCCUCCUGGGGGUCCUAAGUGCAACUUCGACGAUUGCCACUGGCUUGCAAUAAAGAAGCGUGAUGGGCUUUCUGUGGCAAGCAAUCCCACGUGUGGAACGCCAUAGGUAAAACAAAGAUGCUAUGGGUAGUAAAAUGCAUGUGUAAUUAUCUGAAUGUAUGGUUGUGAUGGAGUGGGCCAUUUGGCCUGACGCUCUUAUGUAUGUAUACCCACGAAUAGAAUCUGCAUGGUAUAUUGUAAUGCGCUCGUGCAGCAACUGCUCUUC